GGCUGAACCACUGUCAAAGUCAGCGUUGGGUAGGCUUGCGUGCCUUAGACGUCAGCUACGGUGCGCAGGCUCCCUGGCUCUGAUCCCUGAUUCAGGUGGUAUGAGGUGUGCGACGAGAAUCCGUGGCUCACGAUGAGGCUCGACGCCCAGUCGGACUGGCACUGCCCGUGGUGCACGCUGUGCGGCAAGUGGGUGGACGAGGCCUUGGCGCACCUGCUGACGCCCGCGUGCCAGGGGAGGCGGAGCGGCCCGUGCCGCCCCGGGCCGCUCCUCGAGGCCAUGCUGGGCGAGGCCGCCGCCUGGCGGGCCGCGGGGCGCCCCGCGCCGCCGCCCCCGGCGCCGGCCGCUGGCCGCCGCGCCCCGCCGGCGGCGGCGCGGGCCGGGGGGGCGCCAGGUGCGCGAGCAGCCCGUUGUCCCUGACAGUUCACUGGCGCUGGCAAGGACUCCCGGAGCUUGCGCGAACCCUCACUGCCAAUUCCUUGUCCACAGCAACCCUCCUGUGAACUGGUCCGCAAGCGAGCGGAUGCAUUGCUGCAGGAUGUGUCACGAGUACCACGAGAAGAGUUACAAGAAGAAGGUCGCGCAUGGAAAAAAGUGUGAGAUGCGUGGGUGGUCGGAUCCACAAUCCGUGCUGGCGCCCGCUGCAACCCCCGAAUGCGCAUCUGAGCAUGUUCCUGGUGCGCCACAUGAACCUGGCACUUGGCUCCCCCUUGCUUACACUGAUGUCCAGUGCGGUGUGGAUAUUUCGACUGAGCGGAAGUCCGUCCUUAAACCUGGGAGUUUCUGCCGCGAGGUGGAUCAUCCAGUUCUGCUCUGCGGUGAGGGCGAUGACGAUGCGCUUAGCUUACGUUUGCCUCUAGAGGAAGGAGGUUGGGUCACGCUCGCAGAAAGGAGCAGAAGUACUGGUACCAUCAUAAGUAGUUUCCAUCCGCCCACGCGUGGUUGGGAAAGUUUGUUUGACGAGACUCGCACUCUGUGUUUUGAUGGCCUGUGUAAUACCGCUCGGGAGGCAUAUAGAACUUUCGAGGAAUGCCAGAAGCUCGUGAUAGAGGAGGCAUCGGCGCUCGUGAACAUCACCUCUGAUGGGGCUACUUCUAUGCAGUAUCUGUUAUCACGUCGAGAUGCUGCUCGUGCUCAUGCGCUCCAGUGCGUGGCAGACGUUGUCACUUCCCCUCUUGCCGCCCGCUGUCAGAUGGACUCUUGGUCGGGCGGUGGUGAGCGGGAAGAGCUGGCAGAGGUGUUUCGCAAACGGCUGGCUCGGCUCGAGCAAGGAUCAGCAGCAGAUCCUGUUCAGGCGUUGAAGGACUUGCACAUGUGCCGGGGUCGCGUGGACCAGGCGACAGUUGCAGCCAUGGAUGCUGCGCACGCUAUCAAUAUCGCACCGCAUCAGCGCAAGUCCAAAGAAGAGUUGGCAGAGCUGACAGCUGUGCGGGAUGCGACGCGCAGGGAGCAACGACUCCACAGGAAAGCAUAUGACCGGAAGGUGGUCCAGGUGAUCGGCUUGAUGAAGAACCACUGCCCAGAGUUGCGCCCUGAGCUGAUCAAGAGCGAAGCAGACUUCGUCUCCUUAAACAUCCAGGACGAUCCAUACCUCCAGGAAAUAUUCGCUCUGGGCAGGGACCUGCAGUUCUACGAUCGGCAGGAGCUCGUGCCCUGCGACGGCGCUCGACAGGGCAGGAACCAGGUGUUCGAAGCAGAAGACGCCGACGGCAGGGCAUGCAUUCUCAAGAAGAUCAAUUGGCAGUCGAACAAAGGGCUGCGAUGCUUCGUUAACGAGGUGAGUCUGCUCGCAAAGCUGAAGCAUCCAUUGGUUGUUCCUGUGCAGUGCGCAUAUGCUGACUUUAACAACCAGUCUGGAAUUCUCCAGUUCGAUAAAUUUGAGUGCAAUCUUGACCAAUGGAUGCAGAGACAGGCCACAAACCCAGAUGCAGACGUGACGGAUGCGUGCCGCAUUGUGUUUACAAUGUUAGAGGCCGUUGUUUGGAUACAUUCGCAGGAUAUCGUGCAUGGUGAUAUCAAGCUUUCGAAUUUCUUAUGGGAUAGCAGAACAAGCCUUCCUCGGCUGCAUGAUUUUGAAACGGCUCGGGAGGACUGCUCAGAGACGCCAGGGGGGCAUUCAACCACAACCUGUCCAGCCCUAACGUGGGAGUACGCCGCGCCAGAGUUGAGGAUGGACCCUCAGCGUCGAAAAGAUAAGCAGACUGAUGUGUACGCCUUGGGAAUAUGCAUAGACAAGGUGCUGCAACAGCUGGCGCGCUGUCGCUCUUCACAGCUCGAUGGUCUCCGCGGACUGGCGAGCAAGAUGAAGGCAUACAACCCGAGUGAGCGCACCACCGCAGUCCAAGCGCAAGAGGAUUGCCGGCAGCUGCUUCAUCAAACGUGCCAUGUGGAAACAGAUGUGGUGAAGUGCAGGGCACGGUGGCGGAUACUACACACAGGGUACUUGCAGUGAUCGGUUCAGCGACGGGAGGUCCUUCAACGAUCUCAUCCAGACCAUACAGAAAGACCCAUCGUACCCGCUGAAAUGCGAUACCCUCAUUUUGGAGGUGGUGUUGAUCGGGCACUGGUUGCAUUCUAACGACAACCGGCGUCUGUACUGCAUGCGCGAAGCGCAGGAGCUUGUGCCGGACGACAUUUGGAUUCGGAUCCGCAAGCACACGCCCCCCAAGGGAGGCCUCGAGCGUCUCUUGCAGCGUUACAACACUCGAACCCAUGGCAGGACCAUUCGAGUGAACCACCGCCGGCCGUGAUGCAAUCCGCGCGCUGUGACCCUCGGUGCUGGCCAGGCCGUCAUCGUGCUGAUGCUCGUUGUGCUCUCAGAAGUCUGGCCCGCAGGGUCCAUCUCGAUCCCAUCGUUAAAUCGGGCAUUGACAGAUCCUACCCCGCAGUUGCC